AUAUACACCUCGCACGACCUCGACACUUUCCAACCGAACCGACAUUCGUUUUCUCAUUUUCUUCACUUCCCAACUUGAUUUGCUUUUCUUUACAUCUUGCGCAAAGGGCGUUCGAGCUUUACAGCGAAAAAGAAAGGACCUAAACACUGCAGUCAAGAUGGUCUAUUCAACCACCGUGCAGAGCAAGUUCGCUCACAAGGUCGGCGAGCCUGUACCUGAAUUCAACACCGACCACCCCGUGCACCCGGCCAUCGUCCACUUCCCGAUCGCCUUCAACACGCUUGCCUGGGGCCUCGACAUCCUCUAUGCCUUGACCACGAUCUGGGUCAAGCCGGCGUUCCUGACCAGCCGCUUCGGCUCGGCCUCGACCCUCGUCGACAUCACGCGGCUGUCGUAUUUCCUCCUGUGCGCCGGCCUGAUCACGACGGUGCCGGCCAUCAUGUCCGGCAACAAGCAACUGAUCGGGAUGAUCAGCAAGAACGGCGGGCCCUGGGAGAAGGACGCCCAGGGCAAAGCAAAGAGCACCAUGGUGCCUCGGAUCAAGGCCGGUAUCACACACGCCAUCAUCAAUGACUUGGUAUUCGUCGCAAACUUGUACAGCUGGUACAUCCGCAAGGACAAGGAGGGUGCACUCAACCCCGGCAAGACGCCCAACCAGACAAACUUGAUCAUCAGCAUGGUCCUGCUGCCGUUCCUGCUCAUGUCUGCGAAGAUCGGUGGCACGCUCGUGUUCAACCACGGUGUGGGCUUGAACCUGGGCAGGAAGAAGUUUGAGUAAAGAUUCAAGGUCUAUCUACAUCUACCAUCAGAGAAGGGGUGGGCACACAAUAGCGCGGAUAGGGACUGAGCGGGAAAGGCGCUUGAGAAAGAAGUAGUGAGAGUAUGGAUAAGAAGCUGAGUCCCGGCAGAAUUCAGUCAUCGUGCGUAUGGGGAGUUGGAAAAGAAGCGAAGCUUGUGGACUGAAGGUCGAUGAGGCUGGAGAGCCGACGGGGAGGUGAUUCACGUUGCGCAACCAAGAAUAUUCCAAGAACCAGGGUGCAUCUUAGUGUGAGCCAGAGUUGGAAAACAGUCUUCUAUAUGUGUAUUCAUUAGAUUAUGCGUUCUAAUGCGAGUAUAUUAGUCCCCGGAGCGACGGUGACGACAUGUUGACCAUAGGUGGUUGCUACUCUUUUACCAGGUCGACUAAUAAUCCUUCAGAGGACAACCUUUCUCGAC